UUUAUUUGUACAAUGAUUUCAACCAGGUUUCAAAUUUGACACUUGUGUGGUUACAGUGGCUUUGUAUUAGUAGUUUGAGUAGCUUUCUGUCAUAUUUUUGCAUUAACACUACUGAAUUGGGAAGUACAGUAUAUAGUAGACAUAAGUAGCUGUUAUAGAGCCGUGUGCUCAACCCUCGUUCCGAGUAGGAAUCUGUUUUAUUACUUAUUAGUAAUCAGAGUGCAGUUUCGGACCAGCUUAGCCUAACUAAAAUGACAGUUUACAGAUUAAUGUAAUAUAACAAUAUAACAAGAGAUUAUGAGAAGGAAUUAGUCAACACUUUUAAAUAACAUUAGGUUUUUGAAGAGGCUCCAGUCCCACUGGGAAGAACAAAAUAUACAGACCUGAUGAGUAAGAUUUUUUACUUUAAACAAACACUUUAAACUAUGGUUUGGAAGUUUUGGAGCACUGAAUCAAUAUUACUGCACCUGAAAUCCAAACUAUUGACUUUCCAAACAACAACACGGUCCUUUCGCAUUUGGAUAAUCAUUAACAGAGAGGUAGCUUAAAAGACUAAAUAGGGAAAGAUGCAAAACACCAUUUGUUUUUUCAGAGUUCCAUCAUGUGGACCGAGUUCACUCUCCAGGCGGGCUUCUGUGGCCUGUGUCUAACUCUGGCACUUCUUGGAGAAGGAAUGGGAGUGGAACUUCCUGAUCCACCAGCAGUGGAUUGUGCAUACAGCCACUGGUCCGAGUGGAGUUCUUGUGAUCCUUGCACAAAACCAUUAAAACUGUGGUCCACACCAAGACGUUCUCGAAGUGUAGACGUGUUUGGCCAAUUUGGAGGCGAGGUCUGUGAGAAAUCACCUGGGGAGAGGAAGUUUUGUACAGCAGAUACUGAAUCUGACCUGCUGCCAACCCCUCUGUGCUGAGACUCAGAGUUCCAGUGCAAGUCAGGUUCUUGAUUUAAGAAGAGAUUAAUGUGCAAUGGGGACUAUGACUGUGAAGAUGGAUCAGAUGAGGACUGUGAUCCUGUGCGUAAACCGUGUGGUACGGAAGUCCUGGAGAACAAUGAGCAAGCCAGAACAGCAGGAUAUGGAAUCAACAUCUUGGGUGCAGAUCCUCAGAUGAUGACUUACUUCAAUGGAACGUGUAAGAGAGUGAGCAAUCCAAACACGAGGCGGGUUGACAGGCUUCCCUGGAAUGUUGGUGUGUUGAGCUAUCAGUGUCUGGUGGAGGAAACUGUCUCCGGAGAAUUCCACGAGGACGCACACGACCUUCUGAAUGAAUUGCUGAAAGAGAUUAGUAAUAAAGUUGAUGCUGGACUUCUCGUGAAAUUCACCCCGAGGGAGAAGUCAUUGUCCUCUUCUUCUGUAAAGCUGAAUUUUGGGCUUGAAUUGGGGAAGCCGAAAAUGAUUAAGGAUGUCUCAGAGUUCAGCACCAUUCAGUUAAAAAACAAGAGCUUUAUGCGUGUGAAGGGCAGAGUACAGCUGAGCACCAACGGGCUGCGCUUUCGUGAGCUGAAAGUGGCCGAUGAAUUCCUGGAGCAUGUCAAAUCUUUGCCUUUGGAGUAUGAGAAGGGUAUUUCUUUUGCCUUCCUGGAAGACUAUGGAACCCACUACACCCAAAUUGGGAAGUCUGGUGGCGAUUAUGAGUUGAGCUAUGUUCUCGACCACAGCAAGUAUCUGUCGGAGAGAAAGAUUGAAGAAUGUGUCAAAGUAGGCAUCACUGCAGAUUUUGAUAAUCUUACAAACGCACACCGCAACACCAAGGAGUGUGAUAAUCUAACAUCAAAAGAAGAAGGUAGUAUUCAUGGAAAAGCAUCGGUGGACAAGGCGAUGUCAUCAGUCAAAGGAGGUACUCUUGAAAGCGUUGUUUCUAUGAGGGCUAAACUAAAUAAGGAUGGGCUGAUGGACAUCGCUACGUACCAGAACUAGGCACGGACGGUCGAUGUGGCCCCUGCACUCCCUAACAGUGAGCCAGACCCCAUCUAUAUGUUAAUUCCACCGGAUAUGCCUGAUGCAAACUCCGGGAUAUCCAACCUGAAGCAGGCCACAGCAGAUUAUGUAGCAGAGUAUAAUUUGUGCAAGUGUAAGCCUUGUCAUAACGGAGGCAGUCUCGCUCUGCUGGACGGAAAGUGGUGUCUGUGCCCUCUACUGUUUGAAGGCAUGGUCUGUCAGAAUUUUAAGGGUGAAAGGGCUAAAAACCCAGGUACCAGACCUACUCUUAAUCAGGAAGGUAACUGGUCGCGCUUGUCUGCCUGGUCCAACUGUAAUGGAGGGAGACGCACCAGGACACGCGGCUGCAACACAGUCGGGCUCCUUGGAGCUGUGUGCAGAGGCGACACCAGCAGUGAAGAAUGCUGCUAAGCAGAAUGACGACCAUUUAACACACAAAACCUCUCUUUCCCACUCUCUCUGACACAUACACAUGAGCAUUUUUAUCUUUACAUGCUUAGUUAAGGGAACAGUGCCAUCCUGAGGUUGGUAAUAGACAAUGCAGUUCAUAAAAUUACACCUUUUUUAAUUUGUAGAUAACUGUUUUAGUUUGUGUUUUUGUGAUUUGAAAUGUGGAGUUUGAGUAUACAAUAUCAGUUUUAAAUAGGUACACAUAUUGAUUUGUUUGAAAAAAAAAUCUCUGGGGAACUUAAAGGAUCCAGUUUACCUACGAACACGAGUCUUCUGGUAUUUUUAGUACAAAUGACACAAAUUUAAUUUUUUUAAAAACAGCAGCUACAAAACUAGUAUGAAGCGUUACAUGUUAUUAAUCUAAAUAGAGAUCCAGUGUCACAGUCCGUCCCUGUAUUCUGUACACUUUGAAAUUUGCAUCUUAUCAACCCCGUCGCCGAUCCAAGUACCUGUGCCCUUUGGGUUCAAUUCAUAUCAGGCUCUGUGGCAACUUAUGUGGCUCAAUAAUGAAAUAAUAAAGCAAUCUCGCAAAACAAUUCAACUCACAAAUCAGCACUGUCUUUUACAGCCCACAGCAAUCUGGACAGAAAAAACAAGAGUCCAUCCGAUUCAAUCAUUAAUCAAACUGAGAUUUAGAUCCAAAACGAACCCUGGCUUUUUGACUACAAAAAACACCGUGUGUCUUACAGCUUUAGUUCACUUCAAAUACUGUUGGCUGAAGUAUGUAUUAAUGGGCUAAUAAUUCAUCUUUAAAAGCAUGGACACAUUCCAUCUGGCUGUGCUGUGCAAAUGAGAACCAGAUGAGCAGAGGCCGACUGGAUGGAGCGGGAACUGACACAGAGGACAACUGGUGGGCUUGAGAUCAGAGAUAAAGGUGCUGGACAUAAACUCGGCAUAAAAGAAGAUAUUACACGUGUGUUCUGUUUUCCUUAGGUGUUCCUGAAACUUUCCCCUUUCACACAUAUACAUAGCCCAGAGAGAUUUAGGCAGUUUGCCUCAUUGGUGAAAUUUGGGGAAAGGAAAUCAGUUUUUGAGGAAGACACUUCAGCAGAUUUGUAACUCAGACUUUUUAAAAUAAAAGCAGCAACAUCACACAGUUUUUUUUUUUUCACAAUCUACAUUAGUGCUAAUGCAGAUCGUAAUGGGGGGAACGCAGUAAAUAAAAACUACAUAUAUCUAAUUUUGGUGAACCAUAUAUCUUUCUGGUUAACGUGAGGGGACAUAUGAUUUAAGUUAUUUACUCGCAACAUAAGUCUUAAUGUUAAUGCAGUAAGCUCUUCCUCUGUGGUGUACUUGUUUUACAAAUUACUGCUGUUUGUAGAACUUGUUGCUGCCACUACUGGUGAAUGGGCCUUGCAGCAGGGGAACACAAAUUCCAAACAGUAGGCCUCACAGUUUCAGGGGCCCUGUAUUGUGCACGCCGGCUCACUGUCACACUGUGAUGGCUUACUGGGACACUUAAACACAACAGAACCUUGUUAAUGUUAUUUGUAACACCUGUUCUUUUCUUCUGUGACAAUUCCUCAAGGUCUGCUGAGGAAAAGGCCUAUUAGUCCAAAGUCCAGUGAUACAAUCAAAAAUACCUAACCUUUCUCUUUCUUGUUAUUUUCUUUUCCUCUCUCCUCUUUUGUUUUGGGAAACACUGGCGCCGUGCUUGGCCUCUUCUCAUUAUCAAAGGUAAAAUCAAUACCACAGGGUUCUUGCUUUAGCCGCUCAUGGAUUUGCUCCAACAAUGGGCAAAAAGGCUGACUGGCAUAUUUGCUUAGCUUAACAGCCUUUGAUUUCCAUGUUUGCUCUUAGAUUUAGACUCAGUCAUUUAGUGCCAACACUGCAGGCAUGACUGGAGAUCCUCGUGCCAGAGAAGGCCUUGUUGAGCAAACAGCACUGAGUGACACAUCAGUGAGUAUACUGCUACUGCCUAGCACAAUAUUUAGGAAUGUGCACAGGCCUGUAAAGGGGAAAUUUGCUAAGAUACAAGUAUUUCCUUGCUGCCUUUUUUUGGGAUCCUUAACAUAAAACAUUAAAAAAAAAACCUUUACAGAUUCUUAAUAAAAUACUCUAUAUGUCUGUAUGUAUGUAUAUCCCUGUGUAGGACUUUGUUCAUUUAAAUUCAA